UCCUGUAUGAAUUCACAUUAUCCUCUAAAGAUGAUGAUUCCAGGGUCUGGGAUGGUAACAUUAACAUUAUUUCUCUUCCUAUCUGUCUCGGUUUGCUUUUCAGCUUCAAAUUCGACCAAGGAAAGCUUUCUGCAAUGCUUUUCCUCUCACUUACCGCCUUCCAACAUAACUUCUGAUGUUAUCUUCAGCCAAAACGGCUCCCAGUAUUUAUCUAUAUUGCGGUCUUCCAUAAGGAAUUUAAGGUUUCUGAAUGCUUCGAAACCCCAAUACUUGAUCACUCCAUACUCUGAAGCUCACAUCCAGGCCGCCGUAAUUUGUUCCAAGGAAUAUGGCUUGCAUGUUAGAGUUCGAAGUGGAGGACAUGACUAUGAAGGCCUCUCUUACAUAUCUGAUGUUCCAUUUAUAAUUAUAGAUCUUUUCCAAAUGCGGUCUAUUAGUUUAGACAUAAAAAAUGAGUACGCAUGGGUUGGGGGAGGUGCAACUCUUGGUGAAUUGUACUACAGCAUUGCUGGCUCAAGUAAUCUCCAUGGAUUCCCCGCGGGCAGUUGCCCCACCGUAGGUGUAGGGGGACACUUCAGUGGAGGUGGAUUUGGUACCAUAUUCAGAAAAUAUGGUUUAGCAGCUGACAAUGUCAUUGAUGCCAAGAUAGUUGACGUUAAUGGAAAUAUUCUGGAUAGAAAGUCCAUGGGAGAAGAUCUUUUUUGGGCCAUCAGAGGAGGUGGAGCACAGAGCUUUGGAGUUAUUUUCUCAUGGAAAAUUAAGUUGGUUCGUGUUCCUCCAACUGUUACAGUGUUCAGCAUUAGAAAGACACUGGAACAAGGAGCAACUAAACUUCUCCACAAGUGGCAAACCGUUGCAGAUAAGCUGCAUCAAGACCUUUUCAUCCAUGUAGUUAUGGGAGUUCCUAGUGCAAAUUCAAAAGGAAACAAAACUGUUCGAGUUUCCUUCGAUUGCUUGUUUCUUGGGACUGCUGAAAGACUCCUCUCUCUGCUACAACAACAAGAUGGUUUCCCUGAGCUGGGAGUAACUCGAGACAACUGCACUGAAAUGAGUUGGAUCCAAUCUGUCCUUUAUUUCGCUGGCUUCUCAAUCACAGAAUCCUUAGAUGUUCUGCUUAACAGGACAAUGUCAUCUACGCAAUUCUCCAAAGCCAAAUCCGACUACGUGAAGGAACCAAUUCCAGAAUCAGGGUUAGAAGGACUAUACAAAAUGCUUGUCGAAGAAGAGAAUUCGAUAUUGAUUCUGACACCCUACGGUGGAAGAAUGAGCCAAAUAUCAAGUUCAGAAAUUCCUUUCCCUCACAGAAGUGGGAAUCUAUAUGGGAUCCAGUACAUUCUUGAUUGGGCAGCAGCAGAGGAAACAGAGAAGCAUCUAGGGUGGAUGAGAAGGCUGUACAAGUACAUGGAACCUUACGUUUCCAACUCUCCCAGGGCUGCCUAUUUCAACUACCGGGAUCUUGAUCUGGGGAGGAACAACAAAAGACAUACAAGCUACGCACAAGCAGCCGUCUGGGGCUUCAAAUACUUCAACAAUAAUUUCAAGAGGCUUGUUCGUGUAAAGACUUCAACUGAUCCUGACAACUUCUUCUGGAAUGAACAAAGCAUCCCGGUAUUACAGUCAGGGAGCACAAAGAAGGGGAAGAAGGACUAGAUUGAAUACCAUUCACGAGAAUCUUAUCUUAUCUUAAUUCUUAUUCUUAUUCUUAAUAUAAUGAAUCUCAUGUACAUGUACCUCCAUAGUCUGACAUCUGUUUAAGUCUUUUGGUGUUUUUAAAGGGAUAUUCUGGGCUUUGGGUUUGUUGCCCGUGUUUCCUUACUUCCCUCUCUCUUCGUUUUUUCGCAUCUCUCCCGCCCCUGUUUCGAUGCUUCCCUCUCCCUUCGCCGUUACUGCGUUUUUGCUUGUUUUCGGUCACUUUUUCACUGUAGUUUUCUGGAUAUUCCUAAGGAGAUGUUGGGUUUCUUUAAUUUCUUUCUGGUUUUGUAUGAUUAUAUUUCUAAAUUGCAAACAGUGUUUGAUUAUUCAAGGU